GAAAAUGACAACUUCAAACCCUAGAAUUUGAUAAUUCUCCAUUUUUUUCUUCUUCUUGUUCUUCUCAUCAAGGGAUGGCGACUUCAGCGUUUAAAUCGACGACGAAGCGAUCUCCGAUUGGAGCUGCAUCAAAUGUGGAUGAUGCAGCUUCUUCUUCCAAUCAUAGCGCCACUCAUCAUCGCCGGUCUAGGAGCCUCAGCAGAUUUUCGGGGAGGUCGCAUGCGCUGGAAUCGGACGAGCUUCCGGCAGCUACACCGAGGAGCAGAUUCGUGAACACCGUCAGGGGUUCAGGCUUCCCUGAAAUCAUCAGUCUUGACGAUCUUGCCAAUGACUUCUUCCCUCUCAACCUCAAGGACAAGUAUCCGGACACGGAUAUCCUCAGAGAAAGCGAAAGAGGCCGAUCACGAUCAUCAUCAGCCCGCCGCACUUCUGCCAUUGGCGGCACUUACUCGUCUGCAACUAUUAGUGGUACCAAAGGUGCAUCUCACUCUCAGGAGCAGAGGCGCGGACGGUCUGUUUCCAGGCAACACGGACGACUAGGUGGUACAGCCAAUGCCUCCGCUUCCACUGGCAUAGCUUUUCCCGACAAUUGUUCUAAUUCCAGGAGGAGACGUUCCCUCUCUGUCGCGCGGUGUCAGUUUAGUGAUUCGGAGAGUAAUAUGGAUCAUUCUCGUACAUCUAGCAGCAAGGCUAUCCUGAAGAAUUUCACUACUGAAAAUUACCAAAGAUCAUCACAUCAGCGAACAGCUCCUGACCAUCAGUGUCUGAAAGGAUCUCUUAGUCAAAAAGAUCUAUUGAAGUUAUAUGAUGGCUACUCAAGCCACUCUUCUGCAUUAACUGACGAUGAAGCAUGGAAUGCUUGUUCCGGUAAAAAUGAAACUGAGAGGACAAUACAAGCAGUUUGUGCACCGAAAAAGAUAGACCAUCCUACUGGGGAUGGAGAAGGAACUGCAUUGUAUGUUGCCAUGCGAAAAGAACUCAGGCAUGCUGUUAAAGAAAUCAGAACUGAGCUUGAACAGGCCAUGGUGAAAACAAGGCCCACUGUUUUAGUAGAAGGUGAUUGCUUACAAUCAAACUAUUCAGACAUUCUUCAGGCUGUAGCUAUAAUCCGAAAGAAUUAUGCGUCAAAGUUGGAACAGUCAGAAAAGCGUAAACAAGAAUUGCUAGCUGAGAUAUUAGUUGAAGAACAACGUGGUCACGAGCUUUCUAAAAUUGUUAGGGAAUUGCUUCCUGAUCCAGAUAAGGCUGCUAUUAUAGAGAAGCCUUCACGUGCUAGAAAGGGGAGCAAUGAUAGAAGGAGGAUGUCCAAGUGCUUGACUGAAGAGGCAGAGAAGUAUUUCGAAGACUUUAUUUCAAAUGUUGAAGAUACAGAUAUUUCGUCAUUCGAUGGAGAAAGGAGUGAUGCAAGUUCAACAUUAGGAGGAACAAGGCCAAGGUACUUAAUGAUCCAUUACAGGGAAAUGGAAACUUCAGGGAUUUCAACAAGAUCUUCUCUUCCUGUUGAAAUGGAUGGAGUUGUUCUUCCUUGGUUGAGAUGGGAGGCUAGUAGUGAUUACUCUCCUCUAUUAUGCAAGAGCAGGGAGGAAGCAACAACAGUGCAAUGUAACAUUCAAGAUGCACCUCUGAAAGUCAGCAGAGGAUUUAGGGUACCUGAAAGCUACCUGGGCCACUCCGCUGUUUAUGGACCAAGUGGAUCAUUGUGUGAUAGAGAAGAGUACCCUCACUUUCCUGACAAUGAAGAUCUGCUCCAUGAAUGUUGGAGGCAACGGCAGAGAAUAAAUUCAGGUGGGCUCAUUCUAUGCAGUAGAACGUUUCUUUAGUUCCAACCAUUUCAUGAUCUACUUGAAGUAGUAAAAUUUCAUCCUUUGUAUAAAUCUAGCCGAUAGAUCUUGAUUUU